UAUUAAGGUUACGUGCUUGAACACUCCAGGAAGUUAUUAAAGCAACGUAUGCAUCCGCUAUUUAAUAUUCACGAGUCAAGCCUUUUGCCAUAGUAAACUGCACAGAUUGAAUUGCAGUAGGAGGGGUAAAUGGCGCGAAGGCGGAACCGCUCUAAAGUUGCCUGACUGGAUUAGAGUUUUGAACGAUUAUUCGUAGCGAGGCAGGGCAGAGAUGGCCGAUCUCACCGUAUCUCUGUCCUUACUGGUGGGAAUUGUAGUUUUUAGUGAGGUGGCGAGAAGGACUGCUUCAUAUCUAUUCCCAAAUCGUACAUGGAUCAUCUAUGUGCUGGAGUUUAUUUCCACCUUUCAGUUGUGCGCGUGCACGCACGAGUUAAAGCUGCUCGCGGAGGUGGGCAGAGUGGAGCCGCAGAUCGGACUGACCCUCACGUACCUCAUCUCGGUGGUCCACGGGCUUUCAUUCCACGGUGCGAUCUGUAACCCUACCGGUGCUCUUGAGCAACUCUGCCGCGGGACUCUCACGCGCAGAUGCGCAUUGGCACGGAUCUCAUGUCAGCUGAUCGCGGCUGUGGUGGCACGGCUCGUGAUGCCUCGCGUUUGGUCACUAACGCUCUCUGACAUGCAUGCACAGCACACACUGAUGGCCUUUAAAUGCACGAACAGCCCAAUUAAUGCCCCUCUGCUGCAGGCCGCCGCGGUGGAGCUGAGCUGCGCGUUUGUGAUGCACACUGCUGUAUCUCACGUGGACAAAGUGGAGGAGAAAUAUCGGGUUCAUGCAAUAGCUGCUGUCAUCACCACCUUAGUCUAUGCGGGUGGACAUCUCACCGGAGCUGUGUUCAACCCAGCACUGGCAUUCUCAAUACAGUUCCCCUGUCCUGGAAACACUUCUGCUGAGUACAGUUUUGUGUACUGGAUGGGACCAAUACUAGGUAUGACAGGCUCUCUGCUUCUUUUUGACAAAGUGAUCCCAGCCAUUUCAGGAAAAAGCACAAUUCCAAAGCACCUGAACUCUAAUGGACUCAAGAAGAAAAAGAUGAAGUGAAUUAAGACAGUUUUAGAGUACUUAGUAAUUACUCAUGCAUAAUAUGUAGAUAUACUGUGAAUAUAUAUAAUAUGACAUAUGAAUAUGAAUAUUUCUAGCUCAUCUCAAAGUAAUAAUGAAUCUGAAGGGACCUUAAUGGUUUCAUUUUUAGAAGGGUUUUACUGACAUUCUUGCUUUCAAAAGUCUUAAAUGUCAUUUUUUAAUGACAACAUAUAUAUUCAUGAAGCACAGUGAUUAUGUAAUGACACAUAGGUGCAGGUUUACAGGUCUUAACAAAUGGACAUUCCUAGAAUAAGACAUGUGAAGUGUUCUAACAGUGCUGUGUUGGGAUACUAUUUUGUGUUUUGUUCUACUAGCGAUGAUUCUUACCUAGUAAUAGGUAAAUGUUAAAGUAGGACUACUAAUCUUAAGCACAGUUUUGCAGUGCCUUUGGAUUAUCCUGGGUAACAUAACCUUGAUAAACCAGACCAGAUAGAGUGCCACGUCUACAAGCAAAUGCAAAAUGUGAAAUAUGGCAUAACACACUCCUGUGUUAUAAGAAAUGAAAUGAAGCAGCGCUAAAAUCUAUUUAUGAGGCUGUUUUUAAUUAAACUUUACAUAAAAA